AUGUCGGUAUGGCGCAGGUGGCACGUGGAUGCUGUUCCCGAGUGGAGGUCCGCAGUCUGCCCUUAUCUUCUUCGCUUUGCGCACGGCUGGCCGAGGAAAGCGCCACACGCGCAGAAGUCACCGACAAAAAUAUUUCCCUCAUACUGGGCCAAUGUGGCGGUGCUUAGCGACCGGGAACGUGACUUUUUCGUUCAGUGCGUCGAGUACAUUCGCUACGGCAUAGAAAUGCACCCAACGUCGUCCGUGGUGUGCGCGAUGAAUCGCGUGGCGGAUGCUGCGGUGAGCGAGCGCGUGCCACUCAAUGCAGCUGCGGAGGCUGCGACAGACUUGAUAUGUGACGUUGUGCUGAUGCCCGACGGGCGACCGUGCAUGGGGUGGUUUCUAGACGAGUUUGAGUUUUCUCAUUACGCUGCCGUUAUUUCGGCGAUGGAGGAGCGUUGGUGUGCGUCUUCGGGGUCCUUAUGGGCACUGAAGGAGCGUGGCAUCACGGCUCAGCUGAACUCGAUGACUGCAUGGAACAGGCAGGAAAGCCUUUUCAUUGAGGCUGAAAAGUGGACCACUGAACGAAUGCAGUCCUACGUCUUUAGGCACGUGCGGUUCGCGGAGAAGAACGUGUCUUGCAUGGAAAGAAGUGUCGAUAGGGCGCAUCUGUUAUCCUUGUCACUUCUUUCCUCAACAAAAAACGUGAAUCGAGAGCUUUUUCUACCGUCAAUCAGCAGCUGCGUCGCAUCUUUAGGAGAGCGGGGCGGUAACAGCGCCAUGUAUCCGACUCUCUGCCGUUCCUUUGGCUGUGUAUUAGCGUUGCAGCCGCCCGAGUUUAUGGAAUUUCGUUCCCAUGCGGAGACAUUUGGUGUAGCACUAUGCUCCAUAAAGAGUGACGAUGCGAUCUGUCAAGUGUAUCAGCAGCUUGUGCAGGAUGCGCUGGAUGUCGUUGUAUAUGGGAGAGUGCCUUCCCCACCUGCUCCAUCUAUAUCCACCGCAUUAACUAACGCCAUACGCAACCUUCUUAAUGAUUUAACAGAAGUGGACAAGACGUGGAUGUGGUUCCCAAGGGUUGUGACACUUUGCCUUGUGGCACCUACGCCCUAUGCCAGAGACGAGGGCAUCCGUGCCGCGGUUCUUGCACUCUCUGCUAUGGAGAACUACCUGGACGCGUGUGAGGCUGCCCUUCUGCAGCAACACGUCUCUUUUGAUAAACCAAGCGAUGCAGACGCGGCGGUUUCCUCUCGCGGCGAGGUAGGUCUGGUGGACAACGCCGUCUUGGAUGGUGUACUCUGUGGUGAGGCCGCUGCUCCUCUAUUUAGUGGUGGUGAUGACGAAAAUGAUGAUGUCACGGAGAGGGGACCGCGUUGUCCCGAUCUCAGUACGGCUUGGGUGCCAGGUGUGGGAUUGGAUUCAUCUUUUUAUGUCUCCAAUAUUCUUGCCGCCUGUGACGCUCUUUCCGGCAUGCUUGGGGUGAUGGAGUCGAUCCAAUACGCUCAGACUGCGUCUCAGCGGGCGGUGCAUCGGUUCCGACACAAACUUAGAGUCCAUGUUUUACGUCGAUUUGGUUUUGUGAAUGCCUCCAAAAUGUGGGGAAGUUCUUUCAGUGGCAGGGCGUUGCCUUUUUUGAAUGCUCUCUGCACUUCCCUGCAUUCCGGGGAAAGCACCGCGGUAUUUCGUUUUAGAAAUAAUGGGAAAAUGCCGCACCCGUUUGAUGCCAUUGCAGAGCCCUCACCACUCUUGCAGUCCCUUGCGCCCAAACACCUUGCUUUUCCUGGCGCAGCUCCUUGUUUCUGCGUUGAGUGUGGUACGGUGCAGGAGUUGAAGGUAUUGGCCGCCGAGACGGAGAAGCGAAAAUCUCUGCGUUGUUUCUUUGCCCCAGGUGCUUCGAAGAGAGGUCUUUUUCUCGACUUUGUUGCGCGUGAGAACGUUUUCCAGGAUCUGGCAGCUGUCGGAAUGACUCAAAUUGAGAAAGCGCCAGAAUCUCCAUUUGUGGAUGUGGCUGCUCAGGUGGAGGAAGGCCGAAUCGUUGCGCGCCUUCUGAAGGUGCCUCACUGCUUGUGA